CGUAGUCGUUCCAUGAUUAUCUUAUCGCCGAGUGUGGACUCCAAGUUGGGAAACGAAUUCCCCCCAGUCGUUGCUUACUAACUUGCGUUGCGGUGACGUUAAUACGGAUCGGCUGUCGCCGAAUAUCGAAGUAAAUCUCGGCCGAAUCCUUCAUUCUAGAUAAAUAUGGUGAUAUUCGGGUGUUCGCUAUGCGACUGCCGCCCCGUCAAGCUAAAUGCGUUCGAAUAGAUUGUCGCUCAGGUGUCAUUUUAAAAUUGCAAAUUUAGUUACGACUUGUCCACCGACGUGUGCUCAUCGACGGUUCCGCCGCAAUUGAACCCAAGAACUCCGGCCAUUAGAAGUGCGGAAAUGUUAAAGCAAGCCAUUACUUUCGGUUACCUGACGGUGCUGGUGGCUCUGGGAGCUGCCUUCGAGGAGCACCCGCACUUCUGCAUCGAGACGGAGCCACAGCUCCUGUCGGAAAUCGAUCGGCAUAUAGUCAUUCCCAGCGAGAAGGACCUGCAGUGCCACAUUAAGGCAACCACUCUGACCCAAAACGAAAAGGCUAGUCUCUUGGACACCCUGUGUGUGGAUCACGGUUCCACGACAAUUAAGCGGGAUAACCACCACUUUUUCCGACUCCACAACGGUGAGCUGCACGGACGGGGAGUCCAAAAGGAGAUCUGUGACAACGGAGCUGAUUCGGUGCUCGCUUGGGUGCCCUAUCACACGGUGCUCCGUCACUAUGCGGCCGAGCUGAAUCCCAAGGAGCGGCUGACCUACAUUGCCAAGGCCACGAACGUGGAGCGUGAGAAGACCGAGCUCUGUCACUUCCGGCACACGGAUCUGGUCAACGCGGUGUCCGACAGUUUAUUCACCUGCGUGGUCAUGAUUUUCGGUGACAACUUUUACGGCCUGGAGGACAACAUCAAUGUGCUGGUAGAGCUCGAACCCCUGAUGUAUCAGCUGAGAAACAUUACCUACCUGCCGUGGCGCAAUGUAUCCUACAGCUACAAGAUGCACCUGGGCGAAAGUGUGCUCCGCAAUCCUAGUGGCGAACGAAAGCCCAUCUACGGCAGCCUGAACUACGAGUUCGUGGAGAAGAUCCACCUAAAUAUGAGCAGUGUUUUUCAGGACAAAACAUUGGCCAAUCUGCCCCUUUUAUUCGAGCAUCGAGGAUCCGUCCUGGAGCUGGAUUUUAACGGAGUGGGCGGCAUGAAUGUGGCGGAAAAGGCUUAUUUCGGACGCAGCAUGGAUCCCCGGAGCGAGGUAAAGGUUCAGGUGAUUGGCCAGUGGGUGGACCAGCAUCGGCAGUUUGGUGCUGAUAUAUACGAGUACUAUGGCCAUGGUUUGAGGCGUUGCAGGCAACCUUUGAUUGGAGCCCAGCUUACGUUUGUUCGGAUAGACAAAACGGAACCGGUUUUUAUGGCCCCGGAAUCGAAUAAUCUUGCCAAGGCAUCGCUCUUCCGGGAGCAAAAGAAAGGAAAGCUUGAGGCGGAUCCUUCAGGCAAUUUCACCGAGUGGGAAAACGCUCAGGAGGAGGAUGCGGAUGAAGAUGAGCCCGGCUUCUACGGUUGGUUUGUAGUGACUUCCCUGCUAUUGGCCCUCCUCGUUAUCCUGGGUAUAUAUCUUCUGGUACGCAUCCAUAGCAAAAGGAACAAGCAGCGUCAAAUGUACGACCUGGCCAACACAAAUGUGGCUCCACCAUCCUGAGAAGUAUAAGCAUUACCUUUAAGUUUUAUAAAUCCGAAAAAAAACAUCAACAGGUGUUUUUACUCCGAAAUGUCAAAUCAAUUAUACGAGUUGGCAGCACCACUGUCAAGUCCUUAACUAA